AUGCGCCGCCUAAUCGCGGUCGCCCUGAAUGGCGGCACUGUCCGGGCUCAAGAUGCUCUUCUGGCCAUCCUCUGGAACCUGGGAGGACAUCUGAUCCACUAUUUCCCGGUGUUUGAAAGAAUUGGUUGGCCUCUACGCCCAACACGACCCCAUUGCUUUUCCAUGAUUCGAGAGCUCGAGGAGGCUCUGAUCGACGUAACCGAGAAACUCCAAUACACCCAGACACCGUCUGGUCGAUCUGAAAAGUUGAUUUACCGGCUGAAGCGAGCCCGUGAUAAUGGGCGCAUGUCGGACUUUCACUAUCACUUAAACCUCAAAAUAAUGUUCUUCGCUGGCCAUAAAAAUGCCAAGUUCGCAUUUAUAGCAACUCUGUGGGAGCUUUCUCAAAACCCGCAAAUUCAGGACAAGUUAUACCAGGAGAUUGCAGCACAUAGCCCUUCUUUAUCCAAGGACAACCUCAAGGACUUGCCCUAUCUCAUCGCUGUACUCUCUGAAACCUUGCGCCUCUAUCCCCCAGUCAGUCAGUUAAUUUAUCGCAAAACGUUGGAGCCAGUUAAUCUAGGAAACGGCAUAACCAUUCCCCGGGGAACAUGGGUGGGAUGGACGGCAUAUAGCGUCUAUACAGAUCAAAAUACCUGGGGACCUACCGCCCACGAGUACCAACCGGAGCGCUGGGGGGAUAAUUUCCAUGCUAUCCAACGAGCGAUUAGCCAGCAACCGGUUCGAGGGAGUUAUAUUCCAUUCAACGCUUGGACUCGUAGUUGUAUUGGGUCUGAGUUUGCAUUGUUACAACUCCGGGUGACGCUGUAUGAGGUCGUCCAUUACUUCGAAAUCACUAGUGCCCCAGAUUAUCAUUAUUUGAUCAAGGAGGCAAGUUCCAACCUGCAGACUUGUUGCGAUAUUUAUUAA